GCCAAUCACAAAAAUAAUCGAAAAGGUCAACUUGAGCUGAAAAUAAUGUCAAUCUUGGAAUGAUGCAGAUUCUUCCUUCAUCUCAGGAUAUGAGCUUGCCACAUUCCACCGUUCAGGCCUCGCCGUCCAAUCUUGGCCUGCGAACCAUGGAGACGUUAGUGGAAGAUUUGUAUUCCUUUCGCGAUCUCUUCUUUGAAUCCCACCCGCUUUCCCAGGCCCAAGAAAAGGCCCAAUUGGUUCAAAACCAACUGGAUCAGACGGUGGACCAAUUGAACCGCAUUCAAGCCAAGUAUGAGGCUGAAUUCAGUGGUGAUCCUAAGCUAAAGGCCGAGGCCUUGUUUUAUCAUGGCCGGGCCUUGAAUAUCGCUCGGGAUCACAACGGUGAGGCUGAGAAGCUUCUGUCUCGCUCGGUCAAACUUGAUCCCAAAUUGGUGAAGGCUUGGAAUGAGUUGGGCGAAUGCCAUUGGAAACGUGGCGACACUGAAACGGCUCGAACCUGUUUUGAAGGCGCCUUGAAUCACGAAUCUCACAAAGUGUGUCUUCGAAAUCUGUCGAUUACUCUCCGCCAAGCCCCCGCCUCCAACCUGAGCCAUGAGGACCGCAUUCGCAACGUCGAGAGCGGCCUAUCCAAAGCCCGUGAAUCCGUUCAAAUGGACACUUCAGACGGGCUCUCUUGGGCCGUUUUAGGAAAUGCUUAUCUGGCUCAUUUCUUCACGAUUUCACAGAAUCCUCGCACUUUGAAACAGGCCAUGUCGGCCUAUAAACAAGCUGAAAAAGACUUGGUGGCCAAAUCGUCGCCUGAUUUGUUUUACAACAAAGGUGUGGCCCUAAAGUACGAGGAGGACUAUUCGGGGGCGCUGGAAUGUUUUGAUCGCGCAUCAGCCUUGGAUCCCGAAUGGGAGAGUCCCAAAGACCAUGCCAAGGCUCUCUUCAAGUGGCUCUGUGAUCUCUUCAGCCUUAUUCAACAAAAAGGAAAGCUCAAAACGAAACGCUUCAACAGUCUGAUCGAAAGUAUUCAUCCCAAAUCUUUGGGUCCUUAUGGCGGUGGCAAAUUCCUGCCGGCCUCAGGCCCAAGUGUGAACCUUGAAGACAUCCCUUUCGAAAAGCUUACAGAAGGCCUUAAUGAGAGAAAAGUCAUUCUGGGCAAGGUCAUUUUCAGUUUGCAGUCACUCGACGGUGUUCCCUUCACAUUUUGUCUGGCUGAUCGAAGUGGGCAUUGCAUUGCUGUGAACUUGUACAACGUCUCCCCCGGCAAAGGCGUCAUCAUUGGGGACUCCGUGGCCAUCGCAGAGCCUUAUUUUUCCAAGAUAUCAAUCGUUCGUGAAGACAAGACAAUCUCGUUUGAUUUGGUGCGAGUGGAAAGUCCUCUAGUCCUGGUGAUCAACGGCAAGAAAGCCUCACAAGACUUUCAAGCCGGUAUUCAAAUGUCGACUUUCACCAAGAGUAGCUGAUUUGACGCGGUUAAUAAAACUCCUCAACAAUCACUGAA